AGGGAAUGCAAAUUUCGUUCAUUCCUUGUUUGGUGCAUUGUGCAUAGAGAUAGGGCAGUCAGCUGCUCGCUAUGACAAAUCAGCUGUUCCUUCUUGCCAGAGCACAACAACGCACCGAUUGCUGAUGUUAUUUUCAACCGUAGAAGCGAUACAGCCCUGUCGAUGGUAGAAUGCAUUGUUGUUGCACAUUAUGUAAUGUGUAAAUAUAGUCCGGGCCAACAGUGACAACAACUCUUCGAACACAAGCGUCCGUUGCGGAUCGGAAAUGAAUCACUUUCGUAACAAUUUGUCCCGGUUUCGGCUAGUGACGUUCGACGUUACCGAUACACUGCUGGAAUAUGCCGUACGUCCCGAGCGACACUAUGCCCAGGUUAUUAACAGCGUGCUGGAACCGCGCAUCGGUCGCACGCUGGUCGAGGAACACAUUGGCCAAUCGUUCGGUCGCUGCUUCCGAACGAUGAAGCAACAAUACCCGAACUUUGGAUCCGGCCGGAAGCAAACUGGCCAGCAGGAGCUGGAGGAUGAGAGUUGGCGCUGGUGGUGGCGUACGCUCGUUGAGCGCGUGAUCGUGGAUGCGGCCGCCUGUUCCGAUUGCCAUAACGUGCCUGCGCCACUGUUGAGCUUGAUCGCGGAACAGCUGAUAGACGACUACACGUACGAUGGGAAGCGUGUCUGCUGGCGGCAGCGGCCCGGUGUUGCCGAGUUUCUGGCGAAACUGCGCACCCCACAGCCCAACCAUACGUUGGGCAUCGUUUCGAACUUUGAUCCACGGUUAAAUAUCAUCCUGCGCAACAAUGGCAUUGCGCCGGCUGGUGAGGUGGUCGAUUUUGUGCUCACGAGCUACGAAGCGGGGGUGGAAAAACCAGACCCGGCGAUUUUCGAAACGGCGCUACGGAAAGCGAACCUGCUGCAGCCAGAUGGACCGGAAAUAAGGCCCCAGGAAGCGCUGCACAUUGGCAAUCUGUGCCGGGAGGACUAUAAUGGUGCACGUGGUGCCGGUUGGUGUGCGCUGCUGGUAAAUGUACCACCGAACGAAAAGAACCGGAAGCUUUUAGCAACCAUUCCUGGUGGGCAUGUGUUUGCCGGUUUGCCCGAGCUGCAGCAACGGCUCGAAGGUGCUGCACCGUUCGAAUGGUGAGAGGCUGUAGAUAGUUUAGGGAUCAUCUUUUUUAUAUUAGCGGGGGAUACUAAUAGUUCAACUAAGAAGCGUAUUAAGCGGACGGAGCAUAGAUGCUGCGCCCGGGAAACUCAACGCUUUGAGAAUGAUUCUCACAACCGGUACAUACCAGAGAGAUUUUUCUAAAAAAAAUAAAACAAAUUCAAUCGACAUGAAGGAAGAAGUAGGAAUUUUUGAAUUUAUAUAAUAUUAGCUAGAUGGAAAACAUAACCACAUUUUUUUACUCAAUUUAAAACUACCCAAAACACAACAAGUAAACAGCUUUGAGGCAUGAAAUGUCACACGACAUGACCGAGAGACCGACCACUUUGCACAGCAAAAAGCCUUCGCAGGAAAAGGUGCUUUCGUCACAGCUGCGAAGCUUUUUUGACGUUUCAGAAAACAUAAAUCCAUACAUACUGUGCGUCAUACGGUGCAGAGGGUGAAAAAUCCAUCUAUUUCGAUCAAUAUUAGCUGCGUUCGAACAUUCAACCUCCGUGCAAACAAUCAAUUCAUCGUCCGUGCGUACAAUCAAUCAAUCGAAGCGAGAGACAGAGUGCAAAUGGCUGCCAUCAUAAGCCAGGCCUUGCCCGAUACGGUGGACGGGGCUGAAAUGCCUAAAUCCAAACGACCUUCAGAUUCAGCCUUCAAACAGCAACGACUUCCGGCCUGGCAACCCGUCCUGACCGCAGGUACGGUGCUACCAGCCUUCUUCCUGAUCGGGGUUCUGUUCAUUCCAAUCGGUGUACUGCUGCUGCUGUCAUCCAAUUCGAUCAAUGAGUUCGUGUACGAUUACACCCACUGCAAACCGGACCUCAGCAGCAAUCAGAGCUGUGCUGAAAUCAUUAGCAACAAUCCGGAUUCGAGCUGCGUCUGCACCAUACACUUCGAGCUGGAGAAGGAUUUCCUCGACAAGGUGUACCUGUACUACGGGCUGACGAACUACUACCAGAACCAUCGACGCUACGUAAAGUCGCGCGAUGACGAUCAGCUGCUUGGCCGUCUGUCGCCGAUUCCGUCGAGCGAUUGUGCACCGUUUGCGUACGCGGACGAUGAGGAGCGCAUCCCGAUCGCACCCUGCGGUGCCAUCGCGAACUCCCUGUUCAGCGACAAGUUCGAUCUGUUCUCGCAGACGCUCGAUACGCAGGUACCGCUGCUGCAGACGGAAAUCGCUUGGCCCUCGGACCGACAGAUCAAGUUCCGGAAUCCGGAGGGCGAUCUGAAGGAAGCGCUGCGUGGAUUCCGUCGGCCCAAGGCCUGGACCCGCGAGCUGUGGGAGCUGGACGAGACGAACAAGGACAACAAUGGGUUCCAGAACGAGGACCUGAUCGUUUGGAUGCGUACGGCAGCGCUGCCCACGUUCAGGAAGCUGCACCGACGGAUCGAUCAUUCGCAGGAACACUUCAAGGAAGGACUGAUGAGGGGCAACUACACGCUGACUGUCAAAUACUCAUACUCCGUGAUUGAAUUCGACGGCACGAAGAAAUUCAUCCUAUCCACCACCUCCAUCCUUGGCGGCAAGAAUCCAUUCCUCGGCUUUGCGUACAUCGUGGUCGGUAGCGUUUGUCUGCUGCUUGGCUGUGUGCUGCUCAUUAUCCAUCUGAAAUGCAGCAAAUCCAACGGCGGCAUUAGCAGCGUCCACCAGCGUUCGUCAUCGCGCCCAUAGGAGUUACUGUGUUUGACCGGUGACGUUAGUGAUUCGUUGGGACUUUAAGUAUUAAUUUAGGGCGGGAGUUUUGUUCGAAGUUUUGUUUUUACCUUUGUUGUGUAUUGUAAUUGUUUUGUAUAUCCGUACUACGAGAGAGAAGUGACGAGCCGAAGGUGAGCUGCAAUGUUGUUAAUGAGUUUCGGGAAUCAGUAUCAGUAUCAAUUUUUAAAUUUAAAUUCUCUUUCAAAAGGUAUGUGAAGUUACGAGUAAUAGCGUUUAGUGGGCGGUUAACGUAGGAAGGGUGUUUCAUUUUGGAUUGUAUGGUAGAACGAUAAACACUAGCUUGCCAAACAUUCGUACUCUCUCUCUCUCUCUUUUCAUGUUAUUGAAGGUGCGUAAAUUUCAAGUCGUAUUAAAACAUACACACAUAAUUGUCGUGUAUUUGUAUAGCUUCUCCUCACACAAGCACUCACAUCUAGAACCGUUCUUGGCACAUGAAACACCUUUAAAAAAACCCAAAUUCAUCGAAGAGUUGGUAACGUGAGUUUUGGAGGAUACAUCCAAGAGUUGAUCAUACCCGCAAAACUUUACCAUGCUAAUAGAAUUUUUUAAUAAGUGUCCUUACAGCACGUCGGUGUAACAUAGAUAACGGAGUAUCGUUUAGGGGUUAAAAAACGAUAAGACAAACAAAAAUAUCGAGAGGAACGAGUACAUCAAGCUGUGGUGUAUUAAUUGUUGAUCAUCAAAUGUAACCAAAUAUGAGAACGAACGAUCUAUCCUGCUAAAAUAGAUUAGAAUUGUUUAGGGAGAAGAACCUACACAUACACAUGGUAAAAAUCAACCUGUAACAAAAAGCAAAUCUACAGCUUACGUUAUUUAAAGCAUACUAGAGACUUAAAUAUGAAACUCGCAAUAAAAAGUGCGUAAAUAUUGGAAAA